AGAAGUCUUUAGUAACUAAGAACAAAUUGGCUGUCAUGCCCUGUGAGUGUAAGUGCUAUUUCAAGGAAGACGAGAAAAAAUUAAGAUCUUAAAAUGAAUAACGGCCGGAGCAGCUGCUUGCCGAAGCGAGCCGUGAUCGGGGUCAUGGUGUCGCUGGGACUGAUGGUGCAGUACUUCCUGAAGGUGGCCAUGUCGGUCACCAUAGUGGCCAUGGUCAAGAGCAACGCCUCCUGUGCCGAGGAGAGCCGCGAGGGAAAUGCUUCCAGCAGCUCGUCGUGUAGCCGAGGCGAGUUCGAGUGGAGCGGGUCCAUGCAGGGCUUCGUGCUGUCGGCCUUCUACUACGGCUACAUCGCCACCCAGGUGCUGGGCGGCUGGCUGUCCGACAGGUUCGGGCCCAAGUACGUGAUGGGCUGCGGCGUGGCGGCGGGCGGGGCCUGCAUGAUGCUGGCGCCAAUAGCGGCCCGGCUGAGCGUGUACGCGCUCGCGGCCGUCAGGAUCCUCACAGGGGUGUUCGCGGGAAUGUAUUAUCCUCCUCUUCAGGACAUAUUUUCAAAAUGGUUUCCCCCAGAAGAACAUCAGAAAUGCUCAUCGAUGAUAUUUGCCUCUAUGUACGUCUCGAAAGUGCUCUCCAUGGGACUUUCCGGCUAUUUGUCGAGUUACGGUUGGGAACUGGUGUUCUACGUUUAUGGCUCAUGUACGCUGUUGUGGUUCAUUCCGUGGCUGUUCCUUGUCCACAACUCGCCCAAAGUGCAUCCGUCCAUCACCGACGAAGAACGUGACUACAUCACGAAACACUCUGGGCCAUGGGAUGACGGUGAUGAAAAGGAGGCCGCACGCAAGAGAAUGCCCGUGCCUUGGCUAGCAAUCCUUACAUCGACUGCAGUUUGGGCGUCUAUUCUGAUGCAGACCGGAUGCAAUUACGUGUCUUACACGAUGAUGUCAGAGCUACCAACCUACUUGAGCAACGUACUACACUACGACGUGAAGAAAAGUGGAUGGGUAUCUUCACUUCCUUAUGUGUUUGGUGGUAUAAGCUGCCUUGCUAGCGGGAACAUUUCCCAGUGGCUUCAGGAGAAAGGCUACAUCAGUCGGUUAACUGCUUACAGAAUUUUCAACGGAAUAUGCGCGCUGGGCUCGGCCGCCUGCCUCGUGCUGGUGGCCAACGUGCGCGGCGAGCUGGCGGCCGUGGGCCUCAUGGCGUGCCUCAUGCUGCUGUACAACGCGUGGGGCGGCGGCAGCACCACCAACUUCCUGGACCUGGCCAUGAACCACGUGGGCGUGUGCUCGGGCAUCCAGCUCACGCUCGCCAACUCCAUGGGCGUGGUGACGGCCCAGGUGGCCGGCGUGCUCACCGACGGCCAGCAAACUGCUGAGCAGUGGGCGAAGGUGUUCUACAUAGCCGCGGGAGUGGUAGCGCCGCCGUACGUGUUCUUCCUGGUGUUCGGGUCGACGGACGAGCAGCCGUGGAACAGGCCUUCAGCGCCGCCAGCGCCACCCGGGGAGCCGGGGCAGGAUGUGUCCGCCAGGAGCAAGAAGCUGAGCGCGGAGCAGUUCCGCGACUUGUGAGGCCCCUGGCCUUGAGGCUGCCGGCUGUGUAUUCUCGAGCCCUACUCGUGCACAGAGACCGCGGAUUCAUUUCAUGAUAUGCUAGAAUUAUAAUAAUUACUCUGACGCGAAAUUUCGUUUCAGGGUGUGUUUGAAAUCCUCACUUUAAAUACGAUAUUUUUUUUUAAUCACCGCAAAUCAGUGGAAUUUUACCGAUUUGCGAUAGUUUGAAAAAUAGUUGUAUAUUUGGAGUGCACGU